AUGGAAGAAGGUUCACUAGAAGAAUUGAUCAAUUUAGUAUCAAACGAUGAAACAACUUUAGAAACAGUUUUGCUUCAUAAAUCUUUGGCUGCUGCACUCAAAGACGAAAACGAAGAAGUAGUUGAUUUCUUAUUGAGUGGCAAAUGCUUCCGAAAAAUACUUAAAUAUUCACUAGAAGAUGAUUUUAUGGAUAAGGAAGACUUCUACACAUAUUCAGAAAAAGCCACUCUAGUUUUAGUUUCGAAAUCUCCAAUACAAGAUCGUCUUUGCAGUGAUGAAGGAUUCACACGAUUCUUAUUAAACUUUUUCGAUAAAAAUGCAGCAAAAAUACCUCUAUUAUCUCUUCAUUUUACACGAAUUCUUACAACUUAUUUAGCUUUCACUUCUGGAUCUUUGCUUUCAGAUAUGCAAGACAUAUUCCCAGAGCUUAUUAAACGUCUUAACGACGGAAUGUAUAGCGAAUUACUUCUUUUAAUUCUCAUGAAAUUCAACUUUUAUAUCGAAGACAAAGAUCUAUUACUUGAACAGCUAAGCCAAGCGAUCCAGUAUAAAGAAACAUUUGCAAUUCCCGCAAUAUCUAUAACAACCUGGUUUUUACCAAAAUUGGCAGAAAUAAAUGCCGAAAAUCCAUUUGAAGAUUACGACUAUUCGGGCAUUAUUUCAGCUCUAUUCAAUGCUGUGCUUAAGGAAACAGCCUCAACUCAGUUAAAAAUGCUUGCUUUUAGAGAAAUUAAAUUAAUCAAAAAACAAUCAUCGUUAUACAAUAAAGAAAUAGCAGAACACGAAAAUGAUUUCAACUUCCAGGAAAUAACUCCAUAUUUACCAGAUUUAAUUUCAAUAUAUCCACAUCAAAGCGUUAAACUCUACGACAUGCUAUUUAAUAAUCUACUCUAUACAUUUCUCACAAGUAGUAUUGUUAAAGCUGUUGUUUUUUGCGAUAUUGAUGAAAUUAAUUUAAGUAUUCAAAAUUCAAACGUAAUUGACAAGAUAAACGAAAAUCUUAAACUGGAAAGACCGGAUGCUCAUGUGUUUAGAUUAGCCAGAUUCUUUAAAUUAAAAGAAGACAAUUUGCCAGCAUUAAAUAAUUUUGAGUCAUGGAAAGAAGUUCAGAAGGCUAUUACGGCUAAGCUAGGCUUUCUAAGCGAGGGUUAUGGCAAAUCUUUGAUGACAUUUGACAUAAACGCUGACAUCCUUGCUUUGGACAGAGAAGCAGGAAGAGCGGCCCCAGCAAUUGCUGUGCACAUGUUUAAUUUCGAUAGUAGUGAUGAUUCUGAUAAUGGCUCGAAUUACAAUCCAUUCGAUUAA